AUGCAGAUGGCAUCUACUUCUUCCGCUAUCGGCCCUGUGUCAACCAUUCCUUCCGUCUUCGAGACCGUGCAAGGCUACAAAGUCCCCGUCUUCUUUUCGCGCUACCCCGCCGGCAUCAGCAUUGCCGCUCAAGAAGUCGAAGAUGCCCUCAGAAAGAUUGACGAGGAAGCUUCUGAGGAAGGCACAAGGGAAAGGCGUCGAGCACUAAUCCGACACACCAACCCCUACGGAGACCCCUUCACCAUUUGCCACUGCUCAGCCUUUCCAGACAGACUAGCUUUGUUGUCCUGCCUGGUCGAGGUGAUGUGGAUUCAUGAUGACGUGACAGAGGAGAUGGAUCAUGCCUCUGCAUGCCGAGAGCAUGAUGAGCUGGCAAAGGUCCUUCAACUUGACAUUGAUCCAUCAAUGUUUGAGUCAGGAAAUGUGCGACAAAAGUCACUGGCAGUCGUACUUCGAAAGGCAAUUGACAUUGAUCCUGAGCAAGCUCCUGCUAUGAUCGAGAUGCUGAGGAACUACCUGGCAACAUUCGAUAAUAUCGGUGGUGACUUUACGCGAAUGGAGGAGUAUAUGCCCUACCGGAUCGCCAACUGCGGCUAUUGGAUGUCCUCUUACUUCAUCCGCUGGGGAAUGAAUAUGACUCUCAGUGAGGAGGAUUACGCCAGUAUCGAGCAGUUCGACAUUGCAAUGGGGAAUGUUCUCGGUCUGACCAAUGACUACUUCAGUUGGAAUAUUGAAAAAGACCAAGAGACAGAUCGAAUGAGAAACGGAGUGGUGGUUCUGAUGAAGGAGCAUAACACCACAGCGGAUGCGGCAAAGAUGAUGCUUCUCGGUGUUAUCGUCGAACAAGAGUCUCUGGCUGCAAAGCUCAAGGAGGAAAGAUUGAAGAAACCCGCUUCAAAGGAGAUUUUGCAAUACUUCGAGGCUAUUGAGCUUUAUGUUGGUGGAAGCUGCUAUUGGCACUCGACUGCGCCUCGGUAUCAGGUCUUUGAAUGA